ACUGCUCUUAAUGGUUUAUUUUAUUUUGAUUUUAUUUAUUUUUUAAUUCAUAGGUUGCAUUAAAUAAUUAUGAUGAUUUCGCAAAUUAUUUUUGUUUAAUUUACUCCACCCAUUCAUUUCUUAUUGAAUUAAUCACAGGAGCCAUCCUGCAAGCUUUGGUGCAUGCAACUUUCCUCUUUCAAAUAUUACAUCUGCAAAGUAUAAUACAUAUACAGAGCAGGUGUAAAAGGGUUCAAAUUAAGUGGUCUAAAAUGGUGUCCAGUGUAGUCCAGCACUCACUGCAAAAUGGCAGUCUGUUGUCUCAUUUCCUGUCUAUGCAGGAAGUGAAGGCUUAAAGAAAUAAUUUUAUUAACAUAAAGAUCACUACUGUCCUUCGUAACCACUAAUCAGUUUUCCAACUACUACCCCUGUGGGGUAAAAUUAACUUGAGCACUGAAUUUAUCUUCAAAACUAGUUUUUAUUUGAAAUAAAAGGGGUGGGACUUUCGUGCAUCACCUGAGCCCUGGGUAAAUGGAGAGAACGUCAAUCAAAGGCUAAGCUCAGAGCUGGGAAGGAGCUUUAGAUGGCGGAUGAACCUUGGGAAGGGGAGAGCGCUGAGCCUCGCAGGGCUCUCGAUAGCACUUGUAUCUCAACUUUGGUGAACUUUGAGUGCCUCCCGGGGCACCGUAAACGCGCGAAAUCGUUCGUUUUAUUACGUUUCGGACUGUAGAGACGUUAACGCGCACGUUUUGCGACUUUGUUUCGUCGAAAACGGCUCUGGUGUGUGCGUAGAGUGGCCAGUCGUUGUUUUCCCUGCCUUGCACUGGCAGCCAUGGCGGUCCUCCAUUUUUAGUGCACUCUGCUGGGCUCUUCUCACACUCUCUCACUCUCUCUCUCCAUUCAAAUAGCCAUCGGUGGAUUACUGCAAUUAUUUUUAUUUCCGAAUAUUAUUCCGAUUGUUAUUUUCGUCUCAAUCCUGUAAUAUUUUUUUAUUUUUCUUCUUGUUAUGGCCAAAGUAACAAAUCGGAUAUUUUGUCAGAUGUGAAUGUACUGCUACAAUCCUCCUCCUGUCAAUGCAAUAGGUAUGUUUACAUAGUUUCUUUUUCAAUGUCGAUUUUAUUUGCUAUCACCGUUAUGUUUUAAUCGUCCUUUGUUUGAUGACGCAGUAAGAAUUUAUGCAUGUGGCUCUGAAUCGGUUGCCUUGAAAUGCCAUCGACACAUGGAUAUUUGACAUCGAAUAGAGUCGAGCAGGUGUCAUUUCAACUGCGAUGCCUUUUGAUUUAAGAGAUAAUAUAAAUAUUUAUUUAUUUUAAAUUAUACGACGCCAACUUGCCUUGUCCAUAUAGCGCAGCGGCAGGACUUUUUUUUUUUUUUUGAUGGUUCAUCCCACUUUAAACUUUUGACAGUUAAUACCUGGACAAAAGACCAUCAUUAACAAAUCCCAAGACAAAAUCAUGAUGAAGAAUAAGAAUAAAAAGCAGGAAGAUGAAGGCUCGACUCAAAGCAAUGCUUCCAGCAAUUCGGCAUCAGAGGAAUCAAACCGCUCUGGAUCGGAGUCUGGGAGUCAGUCUGAGAGCGAGCAAGGAAGUGAUAGAGCUCGUUCCCGGCGUUCCCAGUCCAACAGCACAUCUGAUUCUGAGAGCCAUUCGGAGUCGGGCAGUGAAUCCGCUGGGUCCAAAUCCCAUCAGACCUCAGCGCAGGUCAAAGACAAACCAGUCAGGAAGAAAGACAGCCUGGCAGAUGUGAAGAAGAUGUGGGAGGAACAUCCAGAUAUUUAUGGCGUUAGAAGAUCCAGUCGCAGCAGACAAGAGCCUGCACGCCUCAACAUUGGAGCCGAGGGCAGCAGUGAUUCAGAGAGCGAAAGUCCCAAAAGAAAAAGCCCACGGCAGAAAAAGAAAGAGCCACAGACCAAAUCAUCUGCUGGUAAGCAGCAGUCACAAAAGGGACGGAAACAGAGGAAGCAGGAGUCCUCAGACGAAGAAGAUGAGGAUGAUGACGAUGAUGAGGAGGAUACCCCAAAAAGACAAACAAGGCGGCGAGCAGCAACUAAAGUCAGUUACAAGGAGGACCAGAAUGAUUUCGAGACGGACUCUGAUGACCUUAUUGAAAUGGCAGAAGGAGCCGAGGAGCAACAGGACGAUGACAGUGAAACCAUUGAGAAGGUCCUUGAGACCAAAAUUGGCAAAAAAGGAGCUACUGGAGCUUCCACAACUCUCUAUGCUAUUGAGGAAAACGGGGACCCUGGAGCAGACUUUGACCCUGAGAAAGAUGAAGGGGAAACUCAGUUCCUCAUCAAGUGGAAAGGCUGGUCCUACAUCCACAGCACCUGGGAGAGUGUAGAUUCCCUCACUCAGCAGAAAGUCAAAGGGAUGAAAAAGCUGGAAAACUUCAAGAAGAAAAACGAAGAGCUUAAUGCUUGGUUGAAGAAAGCAUCACCUGAAGAUUUAGAAUAUUACAACUGCCAGCAAGAACUAACCAAUGACCUGAGCAAGCAAUUUCAGAUAGUAGAGAGAGUGAUCGCAACAAGAACUGGGAAAUCACAACCACCAUCAGACGUUACCUCCCAAAAAACCAGUUCCAGCGAGCCAGAGUAUCUGUGUAAGUGGAUGGGGCUGCCGUAUGCAGAGUGCACAUGGGAGGAUGGCGCAUUAAUCAGAAAGAAAUUUCAGGCCUGUGUUGAUAGUUUCCAAAACAGAAAUGCAUGUAAGACAGUUCCUUCCAAAGAUUGCAAGGUAUUGAAACAGAGGCCAAGAUUUGCGGCCUUGAAGAAGCAGCCUUCUUACAUCGGAGAUGAGGUCCUUCAACUCAGAGAUUACCAGUUAGAUGGAGUGAACUGGCUUGCUCACUCCUGGUGCAGGUGUAACAGUGUUAUCUUGGCUGAUGAGAUGGGCCUGGGGAAGACCAUUCAGACGAUCUCCUUCCUUUCCUAUCUUUUCCAUCAGCACCAGCUUUAUGGUCCGUUCCUCCUGGUGGUACCUCUGUCAACCCUCACUUCUUGGCAGAGGGAGUUUGAUACAUGGGCCCCGGACAUGAAUGUAGUGGUGUACCUGGGAGACGUCACGAGUAGAAAGACAAUCCGGGACUAUGAAUGGAUCCACCAGCAGACAAAAAGAAUCAAGUUCAAUGCACUUUUGACCACAUAUGAAAUUCUACUGAAGGACAAGGGAGUGCUGGGGAAUAUAAACUGGGCUUUCCUCGGAGUUGAUGAAGCUCACCGGCUAAAGAAUGAUGACUCGCUGCUAUAUAAAACUCUGAUCGACUUUCGAUCCAAUCACAGGCUACUCAUUACUGGGACCCCACUGCAGAAUUCGCUCAAAGAGCUGUGGUCCCUUCUGCACUUUCUUAUGCCUGACAAGUUUGAGUCCUGGGAGGAUUUUGAGGAUGAGCAUGGUAAAGGCAGGGAUAAUGGUUAUCAGAGCCUCCACAAAGUUCUGGAGCCAUUCCUACUGCGUCGUGUCAAGAAAGAUGUAGAGAAAUCCCUGCCGGCUAAAGUGGAGCAAAUCCUCAGAGUUGACAUGUCUGCCCAGCAAAAACAGUUCUACAAAUGGAUCCUAACAAGAAACUACAAAGCCUUGUCUAAAGGCACCAGAGGCAGCUCUUCUGGCUUUCUGAACAUUGUCAUGGAACUGAAGAAAUGCUGUAACCAUGGUUUUCUCAUCAAACAACCAGAGGAGGUCGAGAAUGAAAAAACACAUGAGCACCUACAGAGCUUGGUGCGAGGCAGUGGGAAACUGGUUCUGCUGGACAAGCUUCUCACGCGUCUCAGGGAGAGAGGCAACCGUGUGCUCAUCUUCUCUCAGAUGGUCCGAAUGUUGGACAUCCUUGCUGAAUACCUGUCUUUGAAACGAUAUCCAUUUCAGCGUUUGGACGGCUCCAUCAAGGGAGAGCUCAGAAAACAAGCACUGGACCACUUUAAUGCAGAAGGCUCUGAGGACUUCUGUUUCCUGCUGUCCACCCGAGCUGGAGGGCUUGGCAUUAACCUAGCUUCUGCCGACACAGUGGUUAUCUUUGACUCAGACUGGAACCCACAAAAUGAUCUUCAAGCCCAGGCCAGAGCCCACAGAAUUGGCCAGAAAAAGCAAGUGAAUAUCUAUCGUCUGGUCACAAAAGGCACAGUGGAGGAAGACAUUAUUGAAAGAGCCAAAAAGAAGAUGGUACUAGACCAUCUUGUGAUUCAGAGGAUGGACACCACUGGGCGAACCGUACUGGAUAACAGCUCCGGAAAUUCAAAUUCAAACCCCUUCGGUAAAGAAGAAUUGACAGCAAUCUUGAAGUUUGGAGCAGAGGAUCUGUUUAAGGAACCUGAGGGGGAGGAAUCAGAACCACAGGAAAUGGACAUUGAUGAGAUCUUGCGGCUUGCUGAAACCAGAGAGAGCGAUCAAGGAUCUAGUGCUACAGACGAGCUUCUGUCACAGUUUAAGGUUGCUAACUUCACCAUGGAUGAAAGCACACCAGAUCUUGAGGAGAAGCCUAUACGCGACUGGGACGAGAUCAUUCCAGAGGAGCAGCGGCGGAAGGUGGAGGAAGAGCAGAAGCAGAAGGAGAUGGAAGACAUCUACAUGCUGCCCAGAAGCAGAUCUAAAAAGAGGGCGCAGGCCAAUGACAGCGACAGCGACGUGGGAUCCAAACUGAAGCACAGAUCCUCGGCUUCAGACAGUGAAACAGAUGAUAGUGAGGAUGACAAACGGCCCAAGCGAAGAGGCAGGCCGAGAGCUCGCAAAAACAAUGUGGAGGGAUUUACUGACGCAGAGAUCCGCAGGUUUAUAAAAGCAUACAAGAAAUUUGGAGCUCCGCUUGAGAGGUUGGAGGCGAUUGCCCGUGACUCUGAGCUGGUGGAUAAGUCCAUUGCAGACCUGAAGAGACUGGGGGAACUGGUGCACAACACCUGUGUGACUGCAGUGCAGGAGCAUGAGGAGCACAUGAAAGAAAAUCCUGUGGAAGCUAAAGGCCCGGGGAAAAGACGAGGCAUUAACAUAAAGAUCUCUGGAGUUCAGGUCAAUGCUAAGUCUAUUAUCCAGCACGAAGAGGAGUUUGAACCACUACAUAAAGUUGUGCCUUCAAAUCCUGCUGAAAGAAACAAAUUUCAGCUGACCUGUCGGGUGAAGACUCCACACUUUGACGUAGACUGGGAUAUUCAUGAUGACACACAACUGUUACUGGGUAUCUAUGAACACGGCUACGCCAACUGGGACCUGAUCAAGACCGAUCCUGAUCUCAAACUUUCUGAGAAGAUUCUCCUAGAUGACCCUGAUAAGAAACCUCAGGCAAAGCAGUUACAGAUGCGAGCAGACUACUUGCUUAAGAUGCUGAAGAAGGAGCAAGAAAGCCAAGAUUCUGCUAAAACGGGAGAUGAGACCAAACCCAGAAAGAGGAAACCUCGAAUGAAGAACAAGGCCCCUAACAAUGAUCUGGUCAAUGAAAUCACCUCUCCUCGUCUCUCCGACAACCUGUCAGAAGAGGGAGAGGUGAAGGACGAUGGAGCUGAAAAAUCACCCACAAAGAAGAAACAGAAAAAGGAUAACAAAGAGAACAAAGAAAAAACAGGAACUCCUAAAAAAGAGAAGGAGGGGGACAAAGACAAAAAGCGUUCAAAGUCCAAAAAAGAGAAGGCCAAACCAGGAGGAAGAGGGAAGAAAGCUCAAGGCCCUGUGCACAUCACUGCAGGAAGUGAGCCUGUACCAAUUGGAGAGGAAGAUGAUGAGCUGGACCAGGAAACAUUCAGCAUUUGUAAGGAGCGGAUGAGGCCGGUGAAGAAGGCUCUGAAGCAGUUGGAUAAGCCAGACGAGGGGCUGUCAGUGCAGGAGCAGCUGCAGCACACUCGUACCUGCCUGCUAAAGAUCGGAGACCGCAUCACAGAGUGCCUUAAAUCGUACAGUGACCCAGAGCACGUCAAGACCUGGCGCAGAAACCUCUGGAUUUUUGUUUCUAAAUUUACUGAGUUUGGUGCCCGGAAACUGCACAAGCUGUAUAAGAUGGCUCAAAAGAAGCGCUCCCAGGAAGAAGAGAAAGAGCAAAAGAAGAAAGAUGAUCCUGCCAAGAAAAAACCCUUCAGACCAGAACCGUCUGGAUCUAGUCGGGACUCUGCAGGAACCCCGCAUGCACCCAAACCCCAUCCUCCAGUCAACCAUCUGCCUGGACCUCCCCCUCACGCCCACCACAGAGAGUACAACCAGCCCAAUAAAAGGCACUUUCCUAAUGACGAUAGGGGAGACUGGCAAAGAGACCGCAAGUACAGCUACCCAGGUAACAGCAAUCAGUCCUGGCAAGGGGAUCGGCAUCACCCGUAUGACACUCACAGGUACAAGGACCAUCAUUACGGUGACCGUCGUCCUCAUGGUGACUAUCGCAGCUCAGGAGGUUACCGCAACAGCGGAUCCCCUCGCAAACGACCCUAUGAGUAUGGUAAUGAUAGAGAUCAUCGUGGCCAUAGAGACUAUUAUGACAGACAUCCAGACCCUAAGAGAAGGCGUUCCGAUGAAUACCGCUCCCCGAACUAUCACCCAGGUGGAGGAGGGCAUCCACAGGACUUCAGAAGGAUGCCGGACCACAGGGGACCCCCUGGAAACCAUGGCCCCAUGGGGCCCGAUCACUACCGCCCCUUCCACCCUGACAAACCCCCACCCCUGCUUGACCCCCGUUCACCUCAGUCUCAGAAAUCCCCCCUUGAGCCCAUCUCACCUGCUAUGGAAAGAACUGCAGAGCAGAAACCUGUGACGGACUUUAAUUGGAACAACAGGAAGACGUGAGGUGAAUACUUGGUUAGUGCAGGGACGGUCUGUACUGCCAAAGGAUGUGUCAGAAAGGCCACCUUAGGCAAUAAAUGGAGCUUCCACCAAGCUCCUCUUUAUCGCCACUGUGUCCUCCGCUCUCUUCUAGGUUUCACAACCAGGUUAAGUCAGCCAUUUUGGACUGAGGAGACAGAACAAAGCAUGGUUAGUCCUAUGGACUAUGAUUGAACUUGAUGAAGUGUUGAAGUAUGCCUAAGUUAGAAAGUGCCUCAUGUAUUUGGUCUUUGUUGAGAGACAUUAGCAGAAAGGGAAUAUCCCCAAAGCGAACUUUUCUUUGAUGUUCAUGUCUUUUUGCUUUCGUGUUAUUUUGGUUUGUGCAAAAAAUGAUUUUUUUCAUGAAAGUAGCCUUUGUGGGAGGAGAAAAAAGGAAUCGUUUUAAUUGCACCUUCAGAUGUUGAUUCAUAAUUUUGUUGAGCUCUUCGAAACUGUCGCUUUUGCUUUCUGAAAUGCCCAGACCCCUGUGAUCGUACGUCAUUUUGAGGAAAGAAAAUCAAGUAAUUACAUGUACAUUUUUGUCUUUUGUCUUGUGUGAUGAGCAACAAUUACUGGAAUUGUUUUUCUCGAAUUAUCGAGUCCGCGAAAUGCGUCUUUGCUAUUGCAGACCCGCCACUUGUUAAUAUUGCCCUGUUGGAGGACAGUAGCCUUGUUUUAAAAACAAAGAAGGAAAAAAAAGGCUAAACAGUAUUCAGGGUCUAUGAAGACCUUGUCAGAACACUAGAUAAUCAUAACACGUAAGCUAUCUUUGUUUUUAUUUUCUUAUAUCUGCAACACUUGGCACCACUUAAGUCCACUUUAUGGUCAGUGCUUGUACUGUUGCAUCUUUUUAUUGCACUAAAAGGACAGUACUUGCUCGAUUUUGAGUAUGUAGUAAUGGUAGACGUUAUCCGAAUCUGAUUUUCAUGUUUUGUUGAGUUGUUUUCUCAGUAUAAGUGUGCUGAAAUGCUGAUACCGUUGACCUUUAAGUGGAAAUGUGAGUACUGUAUGAAUGGACAGAGUGGGUGGGGGUUAAGCUAUUUUUGGUGAACCAGAUUUUGUGCCAAAACGUUGACAGACUGGCAUGCUGGUAGAUACUGUUCAUUGAUUGUUUAUUUGAUGUGUUUUUCCAUCUGUGCCUUAUUCUUGUGUAGAUUCAAACACCGGAUUGGUAUAAGGAUGUUAAGCGGUCGGAAAUGAUGCAGUAUUAUGCUGUUGUGUACAAUUUCAAAACGUUUGCCAGAAUGGAAUUUUAACUGAGUGCAUGUAAAGCCAGCUCUGGUGAGUGGGGAACAAUGUGGUGUGCUCAAUUCCAAAAUAUCAUGGUGGCAGGACUAGGAGAGCAGGUGAGCUGGUGAAAUAUGGAAUACUGAACAUGUGCUACUUUCCCACCCAAGCUCCUGCUCACACUCCACGGACAUGUUAAGCUUUGAAACAAGCCAAUUUAAAGUAAUUUAUAUUUGUGAAAAGCCACUGUUCAGAUUAAUUGUACUGUACAUAUGUUUAUAUACCUAUAUGUAUUAAACUUUCCUACAUCAUGGACAA